AUGUUUUUGCGGUACGUUGACCGGAUUAGCGGAUGUUACUCAUUAGCCUCCUAUCAUCAGUCCCAAAUCAUCCGUCAAUGGAAUUUUCCAACACUUUUUUCCCGCCGGGGGGGGGUUUUUCCCCCCCCGGUGGCCCGCCACCCCCUUUCCUUGGGUCCCUUUUUUUCAAAUUUUUCGUUUGGGGGUUCUUCCUUUCCCUUAUCUCUUGGGUUGUCCUCCCCCUUUUUUGAAUCCCCCAAUUUUUUUUUCCCCCUCCCUCCCUUUUUCUUUUUUCUGUUUUCUUCCCUGUUUUUAAAAUCUAUUUGUUUCCCCUUUUUUAUUUUCCCCAAAAUUUUUGAUUUCCCCCACUCGGGCCUUUUCUUGCCCCCUUUUUUUAAAUUUUUUAAAACCUUUUUUCCCCUUCCUUUUUUACAAGGGGGGGUUUCCGCCCGUUUCUCCAUGAAAAAUCCUAAUCCCCGUGGGGUUAACUUCAAUCACUGCCUUUUUUCUGGGAAUCGCCCCUUCCCCUUUUUUUGGGGGCCCCCCCCCCUUCCCUUUUCAACCAAAUUACCUUCCCUUUUUGUCUUUUUGGGCCUGGGGGAUUUUCCCUUUCUAUUUAUUUCGCAAACCCGUUACCUGGCCCUUCCUUGGGCCCAAAUCAGGGUCCUCCCCCUUUUUUUGCAUUCCUUUCCUUUCCUUUCCCCGGGGUCCGGGGCUUUUACCCUUUUCCACCCGGGGGACCCCCUUCCUUUCACCCCCCGGGGUUCUCCCCCUUUACCCCAAAGUGGAAAACUCUCGGGCCCCUCUUUCCCCGGGCCAACCUCCCAAAUUCCCCACCAUCAGGGAAAAAUUUUUAAAACCCCCCUCCCCCCGGGGUCACCAUCCCUUUUUAGGGGGCCCCCCUUUGCUUUGUCCUUGUCCGCUUUUUGUAACCUUUUUUUUCACCGCCGUUGUUUUUCUCCUGACCAGAGCCCUUUUUCCCCGCCCCCCUUCCCCCAAAUUUUCGUUUUGGGUUUUUUUCCGGGGGGCACAGUUUUUCUUCCGGGGGCCUAUUUGGGAAACCCGCCAAGCCCUUUUAAAAAUCACCCCUUUUUUAAGUUUUGCCCCUCACCUGGGGACCCGGGGACCCCCUUCCCUCGUUUUAAACUUUGGGGGGGCCCUUCCCGAAAACCACCCUUUUUUGGCGUUUUGGUGGCCCGCCCCCCCUCCCAAAUUUUUUUUUCCAAGGUUUUUUCUCUUUCUCGGGGAACCCCCCCCUUUUCCCCGGGUUUCCCCCCCCCCUUUUUUUUUUUCCCCAACGGGCCCCCUCCCUCUUUUCUGGGGGGGGGUCCCCCACCAAAACCCCCUCAGACCCCGGGGGGUUUUAAAAGGUUCACCUCCCCUUUUGGGGGCCUCCCCCUUUUCCCCCCCCGACCCCCUUCCCUUCCCUCUAUUUCCCCAGGGGUUCUUCCAACCUUAUUUCCCACCCUUUUUUGGGAAGCAACCCCUUUUUUGGGGCCCCAACCCCGGUUUUUUUUUCUUUUUUGGGGGCCCCCGGGGUGGGCUCCUUCUCGGCAACUUUUAGAGUUUUUUUUUCUUCCGGGGGGGGUUUCCCCCCCCUUCGAACUCAGCCCUUUUCCUUUGGGCCCCCAAAAGGGUUUUUCCCAGGUUUUGUGGCCCCCCCCGGUUGCCGCCAGUUUUCUCCCUGCUAUAAAACGCCCCCUUUCCCCCACCUCUUUCCCACGAAACCCCCCCUUUUCCCCUUUUUCUUACCCCCGUUUCCGUAAACUACAUGUUCGAAAAAAUUUUUUUCGAGGGGAAAAAAAAAAGGGGCCUACCACAACCCCUUUCUUCUUUUUCCCUCCCGGCUUUAUUCUUCUAAUUUUGCAACGGGGUAUCGUUUUUUAA